AUGGGCGGAGCACCUUACUUUGGGUUUCGUGGAACGAAACUCAACGUCGCGAUCGGUGUGAUUGCUGGCUUGGACUUUUUGCUCUUUGGUUAUGAUCAAGGCGUUAUGGGAGGUCUGUUGACUCUUCCGUCGUUCGCGCAGACUUUCCCCGAGAUUGAUACAACAAGGGAGGGUCAAGUUGGACUUUCGCCAAGCGAGAAGAACCAUAGAGCAACAAUCCAAGGUAUUUCCAUCGCGUCUUACAAUGUAGGAUGUUUCUUGGGAGCCAUUGCCUGUAUUUGGGUUGGAGAUUUGCUUGGACGACGCAAGACGAUAUUCCUCGGCUCCGCUAUUAUGGUUGUUGGUGCUGCGCUGCAAUGCUCCGCCUUCCAACUCUCUCAUCUGAUCGUUGGUCGUAUCAUCACGGGUCUUGGAAACGGGUUGAAUACGUCCACCGUCCCAACGUGGCAAUCGGAAUGCUCGAAAUCCCACCGCCGUGGCCAGUUGGUCAUGGUAGAAGGUGCCCUGAUUACGGGUGGAAUUUGUCUCAGUUAUUGGCUCGACUUUGGUUUUUCUUUUCUUGAGCCAAGCACCGUGUCAUGGAGAUUCCCUAUCGCUUUCCAGAUCGUAUUCGCUUUGAUUAUCAUGGCAUCGGUCCUGGGAUUACCGGAAUCGCCUCGGUGGUUGAUUCUCAAGGGCAAAGAAGACGAAGCACUUCGCGUUUUAGGGGCUCUAAGCGACCUUCCGACCGAUGACCCGUUCAUCCAUAGCGAGUUCAGUGCGAUCAAAGAUACUGUUCUCGAAAUGGCAAAAGGUGGAUUUAAAGACCUCUUCCUUUGUAACAAAGACCGCCACUUGCACCGUGUCGUGCUCGCCUACGUUAACCAGAUGUUCCAGCAAAUCUCUGGUAUCAAUCUAAUCACAUACUAUGCGGCUGCUAUCUACGAAGGCAGCAUUGGUCUUAGCGGAUUCUUGUCGCGUAUUUUGGCAGCUUGCAAUGGAACGGAAUAUUUCAUUGCCUCUUGGAUCCCGGUCUUCAUAGUGGAAAGAGUCGGUCGACGUGGACUCAUGCUUUUCGGUGCUGUUGGCAUGUCUCUCUCUAUGGUUGUUCUGGCUCUCUCUACCAGCUUUGAGGGACAGACAAAACCCGGUAUAGUUGCAGCUGUUUUCCUGUUUGUUUUCAACACUUUCUUCGCUAUUGGCUGGUUGGGAAUGACAUGGCUAUAUCCUGCCGAGAUCGUACCUCUCCGUAUUCGUGCUCCUGCCAAUGCCCUUGCCACAUCAGCCAACUGGGCAUUCAACUUUAUGGUUGUCAUGAUUACUCCAGUCUCGUUCAGUUCCAUCAAAUAUAAGACCUAUAUUAUCUUUGCUGUCAUUAAUGCAUUCAUCGUGCCGGUAGUCUACUUCUUCUAUCCCGAAACCGCAUACCGCUCUCUGGAAGAGAUGGAUACUAUUUUCCGCAACACAGACUCUAUUUUCUCAGUCGUUCGUGUUGCCAGAGAGACACCUCGUCGCUUUGGCAAGAAUGGUGAGCUCCUCAUCAACUACGAUGACACAGACGAACAUCGCGCUCGCAAUGCGAGUGUUGUUGGUGAGAAACCUCAUCCAACAGUGUAUAACAAGGACCACGCAAACCCUGAUUAUCAUAUGGAGAACGGAAGUCUUAUCUCCUAA